UGCCCUAUGUAUAUUUCUGUGACUCAGCCUAUAGAACCAAGCAAAAUCAUGCCUCUCUGGUAACCUUCUUCUGAUAACUAGUUUAGUUCCUGCAUAGUGGCUAGGUUAAACCUCCUUGAAAACUCAUAGCACCGCUGACGACCAUGACCGGGGUCGUCUCUAGCAUCCUCGGACCUCUUGCGGGGAAACUAACUUCAUUGGCUAUCGAAGAAAUUCAACUGGUAUGGGGCGUCAAGGAUGACCGAGAAAAGCUCAAGAACAUGCUAGAGAUGAUCGAGAAAGUGCUCACUGAUGCUGAACAGAAGCAAACAAAAGAGGAAGCUGUGAGGCUUUGGCUGUUGAAGCUUAAGAACUUCUGCUACGAUGCCGAGGACGUGCUAGACAAAUUCGAAGCCAAGGCCUUGCGGAGGCAGGCGAGGCUGACCGAGCAUUUGACCCUCAAAAGGAAGGUAUGCUACUUCUCGUGGCUAUCCAACUUAAUUUUCCAAUUUAAGAUGGCACAUAAAAUGAAAGAACUAAGGGAGAGACUUGAUGGGAUCAAUAACGAGAAAACUCAGCUCAACUUGUCGAGUAAUGUUAACGACAAGAGUAUAGUUCAGCGGAAGGAAACUCAUUCUUUUGUGCCCGUUUCGAAUGUGAUUGGAAGAAACAAAGACAAGCAGAGGAUAAUAGAGCUAUUAAUGAAAUCAGAUGAUGGAGUUGGUAAGAUAGCUGUCGUUCCAAUUGUUGGAAUAGGAGGUAUUGGAAAGACGACCCUUGCGAAAUGGGUAUACAUGGAUGACAGGGUAAACAGGCACUUCGAUCACAAAGUUUGGUUAUCCAUGCCAAUAGAUUUCGAAGUUAAGAAAAUAAUGACAGAUGUCAUUGAGUCGCUUAGUCCUGAAGCAAAAUGUGAUGGUUGGAGGCUUGAGAAGCUGCAAAAUCACCUAAGAAGCAUCGUGGAGAACAAAAGGUGUUUGUUCGUAAUGGACGAUGUGUGGGAAGUUAGUCGGGAGAAUUGGGUAGAACUGAGAAAUUUGUUAGAUGGUGUUUCCGGAGGGAGUAAAGUCAUUGUGACUUCGCGGAAUAAAUCAAUCGCGUCAACCAUGGGCACUGUCCCCCCAUAUUAUUUGGGCAACCUUUCGCAGGAGGAUUCUUUGACUUUGUUCACGAAGUGCGCCUUCGAUCAAGGGCAAGAGAAGAAUCACCCAGACCUUAUGGUAAUCGGCAAGGAAAUCGUGAGCAAGUGCGCAGGGAAUCCUAUGGCAGUGAAGACAUUGGGAAGCUUGUUGUAUUCAAAAACCAACCAAAGCAACUGGGAAUCUAUAAGAGAUAGUGAGAUAUGGCAAUUACAAACUGAUAUUUUACCUUCAUUGAGAAUAAGCUAUGAUUUAAUGCCUUCUUACUUGAAACAAUGUUUCGCUUAUUGCUCCAUAUUCCCGAAGAAUUACGAGUUCAACAACCUUGAACUGAUCCAACUGUGGAUUGCGAAUGGGCUUAUUCAAUCCAGCGGAAGUAAUCAGGAGCUGGAAGAGAUUGGACAGCAGUAUUGGGAGGAGCUGUGGUCGAGGUCCUUCUUCGAUGAUGUCGUGGAAGACUACCUGUUCCUGACCUUCAAAAUGCAUGACCUCAUACACGAACUUGCCAUUUCGGUGGCACAAACAGAGUCAUCCAACGUGAACGUGCGGUCGCAGGAUGUUUCCUCGACGACUCGGCAUAUAUCAUUUUCCGAUCCAUCUCUUCUGCAAAAAGAUGAACUACCUGGCUACUUGAGCAAACUCAGCGGCAUUCGCACCAUCAUGUUUCCAAUAAAAAAGGAGGGUUCCGCUGGGGAGUCCUUUCUGGAGAUGUGCAUUUCAAAAUUCAAGCACUUGAGAGUGCUAUAUCUGCAUGAUUCUAGCUUUGACCAACUGCCUAGUUCAAUCGGCGCUCUAGAGCAUUUGAGGUUUCUUCAUUUAUGCGGCAACCGUAAUAUCAAGAAACUCCCCAAUUCGGUCUGCAAGCUCCUCAAUCUGCAGAGCUUGGGACUUGCUGGGUGUGACGAACUGGAGGAAUUGCCUGCAGACAUCAAGAAUAUGAUCAGCCUCCGCUUUUUGGAUAUAACCACAAAACAGCAGCGAUUCCCGGAGAGCGGAAUAGGAUGCUUGACCUCUCUGCGGUGUCUAUUCAUCGGAGACUGCAAGAAUUUGGAGGCCUUGUUCAAUGAUAUACAAUCACUCACGUCGCUCCGUAAGUUGUUCAUUGGAGGUUGCCCAAAGUUGGCAUCCUUACCACGAGGCAUCAAGAAUCUGAAGGCAGUGGAGAAUCUCUGGAUUUGCAACUGCGAGAACUUGAAGCUGCCAGAAGGCGAAAGUGAUGAACCAGGCUCCAUGUCGAGGCUUCGAAGCUUGAUGUUUGUGGGAUUACCGAAGAUAGUUUCUUUUCCCGGGUGGCUCAAAGGUUCUGCAAGAACACUGCAGAGGAUAGAUGUUAUGCAUUGUCCCAACUUGAGUAUAUUGCCGGACUGGCUGCAAAAUUGUUCUUCUCUGAAAAAACUGAAGAUUGAAGACUGUCCUGGAUUAUCCUCUUUACCAGAUGGCAUUCGCCACAUCCCGGAGAUUUACAUUGACGGAGGGAAGAUGAAAUCAAUUGAUUAAUCGCAACUGUCGCACCACGCCGAUGGAACCAUGUGUUGCAUUGUCAGGCAGAAAUUACUUUGAGUUCCUGAAGAAAAAGUUUCAAUAUUUGCUCAUAGAAGAUACUACUUUCCCAGUAGUGCUGAGGUCCCAUGCUCAAGAUCAAGAAAUAAUGUUUGGUUGAUCAAUGUCAAUGUCUGUGAAACUCCUUUAACUCCGCGACUCUCCUUUCUUCUUAUUGUUUCUCUUCUUUUCUGUUUUGUGUGGUGUGUUCUGAAGAUAUCGUAUAGGUAUCUGUAUGCGGGUGUCAGCUUUAUUGUCUUCAAAAGUUCUUGGUGAGAUAAAGUUGGAUGAUGCAUAAAAUUCGGAUGAUUGCUUAUCUGGCGACUUUCGGUCUGUUUCUUUCAUAAACAAUGUCCUUGUAAGUCGAAUUCUUUGAGAAAGCAUGGAGCGCUAUCUGCAAAGCAAAAGCGGUCCCUUUGCUUUUGCAAUUUCAUUUA